AUGGGUAGCUACGAAUCUAAGAAAAGAACCCGACCCUGUGUUUCCUGCAAGCGUCAGAAGCUCAAAUGUCAAUAUAAAGAAUCGCUGCCGUGCGAGCGAUGUAUUAAGCAUGGAAUGGCCUGCUAUUUCCCCACGACUCAGAAACAGUCAGCUACCGCCAAGCAAUCUUUACAUGAAACAGUACUUCCACGAUAUCAAUCUCCUCCUCCACUGCAAAGCAAUCCACCAGAGGCAUCCGUGGUACCGAAUACCUUACCAAAACCUCGAAUACGAGAGGCGAAAUCAACCACAGUAUUACCCUCAGGGCUGCCGACAAGCUUACUACCGAAUAAUGGCAACUUAUGGGCUUACUCAGGUGAACAGAGGGCAGACUUUCUUCAAACUGCCUUGGAAUCUAUGCUCACCAUAUUCCAGCACAAUCAAAUUCAGCAUGAGCAACAGAUAAAAGUUUUACAGAAUCAAGUCAACCAACAAAAUCAUGUUGUAAUCCGAGAUCAGUCGCGUGCUGGCCCUUCAGCGGUAGCACUGCCGUCUGUAAGUGAAAUAAUAGAUAAUGGAGGGCCGAAGGAGCAAGUUACAGAUUUCCGUAAACUUGGUAUAAUCAGCAAGACUGAGGCAGCUGAACUUUUGCAUAUUUUUUGCACCAAAAUGUCUGGUCAUAUGUUUGGGUAUAGCUCAGAGGAACUUACUUUAGAAGAACUAUGGGACCAAUCGCCUUUGUUACUUGCGUCCAUUUGCACCGUGGCAUGUCCCCACCAUCCGCUACUUCAGUACAAGAAGACUAGACUUCAGGAAAGUUUACGUUGGCUUGCCUCGGAAUUGCUUAAUCAUAGCGAUUCCAUCGAUUCGAACGUAGAGCACAUAAUUCUGGGCCUCAUUAUUGCAUUUCUUUGGCUUGAAUCCAAUCAACUCUAUAUCUCAGUAGCCAUUCAAUUGGCACGUAUGUGGAGACUGGAUCAGCAGCCGGACAAGAACAAAGAGAGUAAGCUUUGGAGACUAUGGUAUCUGCUAUACAUCGCCGACGGCACUCAAAACCUGAUGUCGCAUAAGAGUCCCUCAAUACGUAAGCAAACGGAACCACUGAUAGCAUCGGUAAGGGAAAUGUUGGUAUCUAACGUUGAAGAUCCGGCAUUGCAAGAAGUUUUGAAGCGAAAUUGUAUGAAGGGUACGACCCCAACCACUGACCAGCUACAUUUAUUGAAUGAGGUAGAGCACUCGAAAAUUGAAGUGAAUCCCCAUACUUUACAAAAUAUGCAUUUAUGCGGCCUAGUAGAGUACCACAUGGCAAUUGAGUCCUUGUUCCAUGGUGGUACCAUACAGGACACAUUGACGAGUGCACACAAGCUCUUACAACCAAAGAAUUUUGGAGCACCAUGGGAGACCAACAUGGAUUUAGAUAAGUGGAUGAUUUCAUGGACUAUCACCUUGCAAAACAUUGAUGUUCAAAACGACGCAUGGUGUCUUAAAUCAACACUGUUAUAUUACAAUUUUGCCCGAAUGCAUAUUAAUACCCGUUGGCUAUCAGAGAGACAAGCAUCAUUGGAGAACCCCGAUUGGUUACAAAUAUGGAGCAAUGCCUCAGCAGAUAGGUCAGCUCUUAUAGACGCAUCUCACGACAUCUCCCACUCUGCCGCUAUUUCUCUCUUAAAGCUGGCGACAAAGGACAAGGACGUAAGCUCAUUGUUCCAAUUUCUCCCUAACCAUGUCUAUUUGAUGUUAUUUUUUGCAAGCAUGAUCGUUCUGGAGGCUCCGUCGGCUUACUCCCUCUCGGACCCUUCAACCAUCAAGAGGUUACAACAAGGCUUCAAACUCGUGAAGACUUUUAGAGGAAUGCUGGCAUCCCAAACAUCUAGUGACGCAGAAUUUACUCGAAAGAUUGAUAACAGUGUUCAAUCGCUAAUGGCUGCUUUUAUCGACCGUUGCGUUCAAGUGACCAACAGUUCCAAGGUCAAUAAUAGAAUAGAAGAGAUUAUUCAAGAUCCCACCGACUCACUGGACUCAGAAACAACUAGGAAAACUAUUUCAGCCUGGCCGAGCGUAAAUCAUGGCCAUCCAUAG